AUGCCAGUAGGAACGUCCGAUGACAGGCUGUUGGAUAUGCCUCCGGAUAUUCCGUUGUUUAUCCCCUCAGGUAAACUGUUGAAUGUGCUUCCUACAUGACUACUCAGUACGGCCGAGGGCAGGCCGGAAGAGAAAGUAGUACCUGAAAUAAGAACACGGCGGAUGGGAAAACAACUCGUUUCACUUGACGAGGAUAUUUCGCGAAAAUUAAGAAUUGUGCGCGCUUCCUCAUUUUCUCGACGAACACCUCGAAAUUUAGUUAAUCAACUGAGUCUGAAAUUUCUCAAAAUAUAAAAAUGGCAACAAUAGCAAAAAAUUGAAAAGCUGAAGAUCUAUGCCAAAAGAGGAUGGUCUUCUCGAUAAUAGGAAGAGAUCCAUCGGAAUUGAAGACCCACACGAGAAGGAUGGAAGGAGAUAAGGAACGAGUGGAUGGAAUUUUGAGAAUUAUAACUGGCUGGAGGCAGAAGCAUCGAGCAGAAAGUGGGCUUCCCGAUAAAGUUGACCGCGACUCGGCUCUUUCGCACUGGCAUCUAGCAAUAAAAGGGAGGUUAUACCUAACGGAAGGCCAGUGGACGUGGACGAGUCUUGAGCCACGAAAGCAGACAUUCUUGGCAACGUUAUCGGAAUGUAGUUUAUCGUCUGCAUUGGCCGAGAAACCGCUGACAAAGUUGCAAUCGGUAUACUACUCGGCAGUGUCAUCGUUGGCCUCUCGACUACCGUGGCUAAUGGAACAUGAUUCGCAGUUUCCGAUAGGGAAUUCUGUUGGAAAGGUAGAUCACGGUUCGAUUCCUGCUGCAGCAAAUAGCUCAGCAGAGAACUCUGCAAAUUGUUCUUCAGAGUGGCCUUUGAUUCUUCUGGAAGUACAAGUUCAACGGGACGAAAUGCUCUAAUAACUUUAGUUUCAGUAAUGCAUCUUGAAUACGGUGUGAUGGUGACAGAGGAAAGAUCACGAUCGAUCAAGCAAAUAACAAGUCCUGACAGUAUCAUUACGUACUGUCGUCCGAAAGAUAUGAUUGGAGAUUCCGUGUCCAUGACAGGUAAGGUAGCUUCGGUGGUCGGUAAAUGA